CUCCGCCCUGCCCACAGCGCCAGCCGGCCUUGGACAGAAAGACUGAUGACUGACUGAAGGCAACAGAGAUUGGGUAGGAAUGGCAGCAUGAAGGAGGAUCUGUGCUUGAGGGAAGCCUGACGCCAUCUCCAGUUUGGAGCAGGUGCUGUGGGCAUUAUCCAGGAAGAGCGUUUGCAGACAGCCUGUCCUGUGUUCAGCUGCCCAGCUCUGCGCACUUGCCCACCCUGAGCAGGUCCAGCCUUUUUUCCUGGUUCCUGGUAUUUCUCCCCUCUCCCUGCUCCAGACACCUUGGAGAACACUUUAUCAGCUCAGAGCUCCAGGGCACUGAAUAGAUUGCCUGCCUGUCUGUCCACAGCCUCAACUUACCCUCUUCCUUCUUUGAGAGGUUCCUGGGCAAAUAGCUUAGGGACCUCACGGUCCACUAAAGGCACUGGGAUGAAGGAAAAGCCAACCACAGAAAUGCCCCAAGAGGCUUUCCAGAGCCCUGGCACCACGAGCAUCUUCGGGGAAGAGCUGACUCCAGAAGCCCUGAGUGUACCUUUUGGUUUUGAUGACUUGAUCACAUCCACUACUUCCCAGGUACUUGAGGCUGUGACCAAUGUUGCAUCUGCGUUGGGGCAUGGACUGUCCAAGAUACCCGAACACAUGACGGGAGACCUGGCCGACACAUCAGGUCCCCUAGAUGUGGAAAUUGUGUCCGAGGAUAAUCGUUUGCAGUUCUGGUUAGUGGUAGGGUACACCAUAGUGAUCUUUGCCUCCAUCAUAGGCAACUGGGUUUUCAACUAUAUAAUUUUGAAGUACAACAGUGCCCAUACUGCCUCCGGCCUCUUCGCUGUCAACAUUUCUGUGACCAACAUGAUGCUUGCUCUUCUCAGCUCUCCCUUCACCAUGGUGCGCUAUAUGUGUUAUGCCCUGGUGUUUGGAAAGAUGACCUGUCACCUCAGUCGCUUUGCCCAAUACGCAUGUGCCUAUGUGACUGUGCUGAGUAUGGUAGCUAUUUCCCUGGAUCGGCAUCGGGUGAUGCUGAAACCUUUGAAGGCCCAGAUCACUCCCAUGCAAGCCAAUAUUUGCAUCAUUGUCAUCUGGAUUGUGAGCACCUGUGCUGCACUGCCACAUGCUGUUUACCAGAAGCUUCACCAGGUGGAAUUUGGAAACACAACUGAAGAAAGUGCCUGCCUCCCCAGUUUCCCAUAUACUUCAAAAUCCACAUGGCUGUACCUUGACCUAGGCACCUUUCUGGUCUUCUUUAUGUUGCCUUUGAUGGUCUUGGUGGGUGUCUAUGGUCAUGCGGCCAAAAAGCUGUGGUUCCAUGAUCCUGUUGAUGACAUCAAUAUCCGCACUUACAUCUGUCAGCGUGGGAAGAAGAAGCAGACCCUAAAGAUGCUGAUGUUAGUGGUGUUCCUCUAUGGGAUCAGUUGGAUGCCCCUCAAUGUGUACCUGGUGCUGCUAGCCAGUGAAGCCAUCUCAAGCCACAAUGGUCUCUAUUUUAUCCUCCACUGGCUAGCAAUUAGCAGCUCCUGCUACAACCCCUACAUCUAUUGCUGGCUCAGUGAUAGCUUCCGUAUUGAAGUGCGAAAGGUCACCAUGGAAAUCCAGAAGAAGCUGCUAGAUAAAAUCAGACGCCUUAGGGGAGAGCAUCGCCGACUCCUCUCUGCAUCUCGUGCCCAUCCCCUUGAUGCUGAAGAUUCCAAUCCAGGAGUGCCCAUAUUCCCACGAUUCAAAGAUUUUGAUGAGCUGCCCAGUCCCCCUCCUUCCCCAGCAGUGCGCAUCUCCUUUAUCCACGCAGUGCCUCGAAGUUAAGCUGCCCAGACC